AUGCUCCCCGACCUGCCAUCCGAACUGUGCGACAUAAUCAUCGACCAUCUCUGGGACGACCCAUCUGCGCUCGCAGCCUGCAGCCUGGUAUGUUGCGCGUGGGUGCCCACAACACGGCUGCACAAGCUGCGCGCCGUCACCCUACGGACGCCCGCGCGUUGCCUGUGGCUGGAGACUCUCUUGGACUCGCCCUUGGUCAACUCAGCGGAUAUCCCUCUCUGCGUCGGCGAGCUCACCGUCGGCGCGAACCCGAACGACACGCAGUAUGACUCUGCCGACACGGGCGCCGUCUGGGAGCACCCCGGGCUCGUCCCGCUCCUCUGCAGGUUCGCGCGCGUGCAGUGCCUCCGCCUGGACAACCUCAAGUGGUCGCCGGGCGCGUUCCCCGCACGCGCGGCGCGCCAGUUCAUGGCUGCGUUCCCGCGGCUCAAGCGGCUCGUCAUGAAGGUGGCCGUGUUUCACUCCCCGGAAGACCUGCUCCUCCUGCUCUCGGCGUUCCCGCUCCUGACGUCCGUCGCUGUGUCCUUCGUCAGCUGGUUCAACCAGGACGUCGUGACGCACUGGACCACAUCCCCGCGCCGCCCGCGCAAACAGUCAAGCGAGCCGAUCGUGCUCUCUCUGAAGAGCUUCACGACCGAUCCGACGUCGUACAUCGCCGUCAUCACUGCUGCGUCGGUCUCCCAGAAUACCUGGCGGCUCGCUCUGGACGAGCUCGAAUGGAUAGGACACGAGAAGUUCCACAGCGACUGGAUGCUUGCACGGGCAUACGAGCAGAGCGCGGCGUUCAUCAACCCGCUAUCGGACAUAACAGCACACUUGUUCGCAGUGGAAGGGCGCGGCCUACUGGAUAUCCAGCCCUCACUAGUCUCCCGCCUGAACUUACUACACAUCAACAUCACGACUAUGCCCGGGCCUCAAUCCUGGAACAGCGCACGCGUCAUCCCCGUCUCCGCGCUCGACAUCCGCGAGAUUCGCUACACCCUCGGCACCGUGCACGCCUCGAGCGUGUUCACCGAGCUCGGCGGGCGCCUCGCCUGGAUGUUCCUCGACCGCUACCUCACCAGCCUGCUCGCGGACCACCCGCACCUCGUCCCCAAUUUCAACCUGGACAUCGACUUCGACGGCGAGCACGCGGACUGGCACGCGUCUCUAGCGGACAUCGAAGAUUCGUUCGACAUGAACCUGCCGAUGAUGGUCGAGAACGGAUCGCGGAUGUGUGCGAUCGUCCAGUUCUCUGUUGACGAGACGGGUCGUCCCGGGAAGUUUUACCGGGAAAUACGGUGGCCCAAGGAACCAGUGGCAACGACACCAGCUGGCGUGCAGCCUGAUGCGUCGACCACUGGGUGA